AAAAACAAAUAAUAAUACCAACAAUAAUAAUAAUUAUUGUUAUUAUUUUUAAAAUUUACAGUACAUUUCUGCUAACAAAUAACUUAUAUUUUAAUCUUAUUUUAUUCUUACAAGAUUCCCCAUGUGAUGGAUAAGGUGGUUAUUGCUGUCAUACCCAUUUUACAGAUAAGUCUCAAGUUUGAAGCAAAGCUCAGGGAUGAGUUGAGAUUGAAAUACAGUUUUUAUAACCCUAAGGUAAGCAGUUUUGAAGACCUUCUUGGAGAUUUCAUCAUUGUGACACACUGUGAAAAUGAAAUUAUGAAAGUGUACUCUACCACCACUUACAGUCUUUGAUAAUCAGAAAUAUGUUCUGAAAUCCUAGAAGGCUUUCAGCUAGAGGAUGCCAUCAUCACACAGCAAAGCAUCAGUGUUUAGUAAUGGAGAGAACAGCAGGGAGGAGGAGCCAGGUGGAAAUGGAGAAAAAUCAAGUCUUCCUGUCACUUUGUUCUCCACCCCUGUGUUAUUGGACUCAUUUGUUGUGGGUUAACUCUAAGAGACAGUAAACUUGGCAUUAUUAGAUAUCUGAGAGCCAGGCUAGAGGUCUGAUGCCAGCUAAAACCCCGGUUUCUCUCUUUAAAUGUCCCAAAGAAAAGUAAUAGAAGACAUAACUCACAGUGAAAACCAGAGUCAAGGUAGGGAGGGCCAGGCAGGUCCCAUUGCCUGAUAAAGGACCCAGGAGCUGAUACAAGAGGUUCUCUGUUGCUCUAGCUGUUAACGCAUAUUUACAGAGUGAAUAAGGGAGUGAUUGUUUGUAGUUUUCAAACCUGUUGUGAAAUCAAACUACGAAUCUGUCAGCUUAGCCCCCUGUCUCUUCCCCCAACCUUUCAUUUCCUCAUCUUGCCCCACCACUCUCCUCCCUGCCCACACGACAGUUGAAAUAUGUGCUGCCUUCUAUGGUAGGUCUGUAGACCAAGUCCUUUCCCCUAACGUGCUGGCAUUAUUCCUUGAGAUUAGUUAAGGCGAAAGUUAUUACAUUUCUAUUUCUCCUGAAGGAUACUGUAAAUUGUUUGAGCUUCUUCUACUUAGACUACAUUAAACAAAGUUGAAAGACCUGUUUUUCCUCCCUUGCUCAUUUUGAAUUUGCAUUUGAAUUGCAUUUGUGAAACCAUUUGUGUGUGUGUGUGUGUGUGUGUGUUUACACAUUCAUAAUUGAACUGAGGAGAGAAAAGCCCAGGAAAAAAAAUGAACAAACUCCCUCGAUAGUCUGAAAUUUUUCUUUAAAUAUACAAGCACAGUAGGGGUUAAUAUGUGUUUUAAAAGUACUUCUAUGAGAAGACUUUCAUUAAGUAAAAUGAAGUUUUGUGAGACUUUUGAUAGGCUCUAAAUAAUCUAGAAUGGAAACGAAUACAUGUUUCUUUUUCCAUUUUUUUAAAAAAAUAUACAUUCUCUAGAUUAUUAGGACUAUUUAAUACUUUUAAUAUUUUCUUUUUUAAAUCAUAUGUAGUAAGGGCUUAUCUCCCUAGAGACUAGAGCAGCAGUUAAGUCUACAGAUUUUUACAUAGCCUCCAGAAAACUAGAAAUGCUUCAAAACAAUACAGGUUCUAAAUCAUCAUGUCACUGAAUCUUUUUUCUUAGCCAUAUACUUUAACAUUGUGGGUUAUCCGUUCUUUCCUUUACAGCUGCAAACACACACCAACGUAUUUUUGACAGAAUUAGGCAUCCACUGGAACAAGCUGUUUUGACUUUCUUAGUUCACAUUACAUUUCUAUCACACAAGAAGAAAACUACUCUGUUUUCCUCUUAUUGGAAACUUAGGUUGACUCACAAUGCCUGAAAAAACACUCAGAUUAUUUUGAAAGUCUCUCAAGUUUUCUGUUGGUGGCACAUUGAUUUAGACAUUAAGACUUAGAAGAGUCCUGACAAAUCACAUGGAUGACCCAUUUGCUCCAUGAAUCCUUUGGGCACAGAACCUCCCCAUCACCCCCUUUCUCCCCCAUGCCUAGUCUAAUACCAUCUCAGGGUGAAUGGUUUUCACUGAGUAAAACAAAAUCAUAGGUUUACAGGCAUGCUCUUCCAUAGGAACUAUCUGAAAGACAAAAGAGAUGCUAGCCUACAAAAAGGAACAAAGCCACCUUUUAGAGAAUUUGGAGGUUGAGUCAUUGUGGUCCAACAAGUACUAGCAUCUCAUCAGUUUGUCUCAAUCUCUUGAACCUGCAGUUGAGCCAAAAAUCUCCUGAGCCAAGCUUUCUCGCAAGAUUUCCUGUACUUCCUGUUUCUAUGUGAGCCAGAAAUACCAUGAGAACGACCUUCCUUGUGGUAUUUCUGCACUUUUACCCUGGGAUGAAGAUAAUCCCAUAUUGGGGAGAAUUUUUGUUUUUAAUUAUGCAACAUUUUUAAUUUUCAGAUAUUCAAAUGAAGGCAGUUCCUCCUUGAGAGGGAAAAUUUGAGAUGGUGUUUGCUUGGCCCUAAUUAAUUUCCAUUAGGAAGUAUUCAUGUUCAAUUAUUCGAAAUUUUGUAACUUGGCUAAGAGAUCAUCACAAGGAAAUAUGGAAAACAAUAUAGAGAAUACAGUAGAAACGUACAUCCUUGGAUAUUUUUUAAAAAUCAUUCUUGAAGAAAUGCUCAAUGAAGAGUUGUAUUCUUAAUACAUUAGUGUAUGUGACAUAUUAUAUCAUAUAUUUGUUUUCUUUGUUCUUAACCCCUUUGUUCCAAGGGUCAGGAUAUCCUGAUGCUAAGUACUAUUGCAAAAUAACUGAACAAAAAUAAAAAUAGUCAAACACUUAGGGAACCCUUUGGUUGUUAUGUCAAGGAAGUUUGAGACUGAGGAGUGAGUUUAAGACAUUAUUCAGGAAAUAUGCUAAUAGAGUACAACAGCCUACAUGUGCUUAUUAAAUAAAAUUGUCUCAAUGCUAGAGAGCCUGAAUGUCCCCAGUCUGAUGGGAGGGUAAGAUAAGAACUGGGAGGGCUGUCAAAGGGGUGGAACAGUGAGACUGGUGCUUCUGUUCUUUCUUAACAAAGAGGGAAGUUUAAAAAAAAGGCACGUCUUUCUCGUAAGUAGAUCAUUGAUUAUUCCCUAAUUGGGCUCUAUGAAUAUCUGGUUGUUAUAGUAAGAGCUGUUUGAUCAAUAUUUUAAUAAGGAAACUCACAAGCAGCAGUAUCUUGUGUCUUUUAUUGUUGCUUUUUAUCCUUGGAGGAUGUUGACCCUUCUUGGCCUAUUAGGAAAGACAGUAGGUUUGCCAGUGUACUUUUCCAUCCAGAGGGAAGAAAAGCCACUUAAUUCAGUGUGGAAAACUAAACUUCUUAACCAUGGUUUAGAGGAAUAAUAAUAAUAGCAAUGACAAAAUUAUAGUAGCCUCUGCUAGGCUCAACAUUUAAAACAUGAGGUGAGAGCGAUGAAAAAUAAUACACACCCUACAAUGGAUGGUCUUUCUCUUUUCCCCCAAGUCUCCUCUUCUCUCCCCUAAAGAAACAUCAAAUGAUUGUGUGAUAAAACAGCCCUGAAAGGAAUGUAGAGCAGGAGCAACGGAUUGUACAUCAGCAAAAUAAAAUGCCAAGCAAAAUAAAGCACUUUGCAAUGCAGAGAUGUGAAAGGGAGAGAAAGAUGGGCUUGUUACAAUGGUCUCCCCAAGAAAAUAGGAGCCAUCCACGUGAAUGUUCAGUUCAAAUUGUUCCUACAAACCCAAUUUGCUGGCAGAAGUGCCAAACACAAUACCACCCCACUUUCAUUUAUGAGCAGGGCUUUUCACAUUAGCUCCAGGGGGCCUCCCCUUCUGUUGUAUGGGUUCUGACUUCUGGGGUGAGAGCCUCCAUCUCUGAGCCUCAGGAUCCAGGACACAUGGGCCCGGGUUGUCCUCCACUGAACCACUGUCAGGUGGGGGAGCAGUUAGUGGCCCAACUGCUAUGUCCACAGUGCUCCGUCUCUGGAAAGUGAACCUUCAACACUUGCUUUCCUCUCUUUUCACUGUUGGUUAUACCCUCGACGAUUGAAGGAAAUUGUUAUUCCCUUGAAAUGAGAUUUCAACCACUUCAAGCUCUGUGUCAGACUUUGCAACCCCCCUGCACGUUUGCAUGAGCAUCUUGAUGCUUGCCUAACUCACUUCUUGCAGAGAUAGCUUUGGAAUGCGAUUCAGUGUUAUUUCCCUUCCAGCUGAAGGGCAGCUAAGGUUACAAAGGGAUUUGACUAAUAGGCCAAAACCCAGUGAAGUUUGCUGAGAACCAAGUGACAGCAGCAGUGGAGGCAGCGUGUGGAGGAGGAGGGGGUGUGAACUGUGGCCAAGGAUCACUCCAAGAGCCUUCUGGAUAACCCUAGCCCGGUGUAGACCGUGCUGGAACGGCCAGGUGGCCCCCGGUCAGAUCUUCCAGAAAGAAGCAGCUGCACAUUGGUUCUGCCGCGUGCUCCGCUUCCCCUGUUUCCCUCCUUGAUGCUUGCAGGGCUGGAGCCUCGGAAGCUUCUAGGUUUCCUGCACCAGAGUAGUGCCUCCUUACCUGACACCUUCAGAGACCUGGCCUCUGGAGGACCCCUCUGAGAGGCUGGCAAUGGGGAGCCCCCCCUUCUUUGCCUGAAGUCCCUAAGGGCUAAACAAGCCACUUGACAAACUUUGACAAGCUCCAAAAGAGAACCGAGAAGAAAUACAUCAGAAGAAGAGAAAAAGCAAAGGUUAAAAACCUCGAUGGCUUUCCUCCCCCCACCCCCCACCCCUCCGCUGUCGUUCCAGCUGUAGCCUGGGAUUAAUUAAGUGCUGCGAAGUCAGUGCCUGGGAGAGAAGGGGAAAAAAUGCUUGCUCUCUCUAAGGAAGGAGGACAGAGCGCGUCCUCACCAGUGAGAAAGCUUGGGAAGUGAGUCUCGUCGUCAGUGUUUGCGGAGGGACUGGAGGGACAGGGAGGCUGUGCCAGGCUGGAGGAGGCUUGCCUUUCCGAAGCGGGAGAGGAUUUGCCGGGGAUUCGCCUUCCCCUGCCUGGGAAGAAUUUCCCCGCUGGUAGCAGCCGCCGAGGCGGCAGCAGCAGCAGCAGCAGCAGCAGCCGCCGCCGCCUCCCGACCUCCUCUUCUGGGGACCAGGGCAGAAUGCCUGUGCUCGAGCGUUAUUUCCACUCGGCAGAGCUGGGCAGAAGGUGGACGGCCCCAGAAGGUGCGCUGCCCUCCUCCCCGGGCAGCCGGCCGGGGUGCCAGCAGGGGCCGCUGCCCUGGGACUUGCCAGAGAUGAUCAGGAUGGUCAAGCUGGUUUGGAAAUCCAAAAGUGAGCUGCAGGCGACCAAACAGAGAGGCUUUCUAGAGAAUGAAGAUGCGCUCCACAGCUUUCCAGGAGAUGUACGACUGAGGGGUCAGACGGGGGUUCCUGCUGAACGCCGUGGCUCCUACCCAUUCAUCGACUUCCGCCUACUUAACAAUACAACACACUCAGGGGAAAUUGGCACCAAGAAAAAGGUGAAAAGACUGUUAAGCUUUCAGAGAUACUUCCAUGCAUCAAGGCUGCUUCGUGGAAUUAUCCCACAAGCCCCCCUCCACCUGCUGGAUGAAGACUACCUUGGACAAGCAAGGCAUAUGCUCUCCAAAGUGGGAAUGUGGGAUUUUGACAUUUUCUUAUUUGAUCGCUUGACAAAUGGAAACAGCCUGGUAACACUGCUGUGCCACCUCUUCAACACCCAUGGACUCAUUCACCAUUUCAAGUUAGAUAUGGUGACCUUACACCGAUUUUUAGUCAUGGUUCAAGAGGAUUACCACAGCCAAAACCCAUAUCACAACGCUGUUCACGCAGCUGAUGUCACCCAGGCCAUGCACUGCUACCUAAAGGAGCCAAAGCUUGCCAGCUUCCUCACACCUCUGGACAUCAUGCUUGGCCUGCUGGCUGCGGCAGCCCACGAUGUUGAUCACCCAGGGGUGAACCAGCCAUUUUUGAUUAAAACGAACCACCACCUCGCCAACCUCUAUCAGAAUAUGUCUGUGCUGGAGAAUCACCACUGGCGAUCUACGAUCGGCAUGCUUCGAGAAUCAAGGCUUCUGGCUCACUUGCCAAAGGAAAUGACACAGGAUAUUGAACAGCAGCUGGGCUCCUUGAUCUUGGCAACAGACAUCAACAGGCAGAAUGAAUUUUUGACCAGAUUGAAAGCUCACCUCCACAAUAAAGACUUAAGACUGGAGGAUAUCCACGACAGGCACUUUAUGCUUCAGAUUGCUUUGAAGUGUGCUGACAUUUGCAAUCCUUGUAGAAUCUGGGAGAUGAGCAAGCAAUGGAGUGAAAGGGUCUGUGAAGAAUUCUACAGGCAAGGUGACCUUGAACAGAAAUUUGAACUGGAAAUCAGUCCUCUUUGCAAUCAACAGAAAGAUUCAAUCCCUAGUAUACAAAUUGGUUUCAUGACCUACAUCGUGGAGCCACUCUUCCGGGAAUGGGCCCGUUUCACAGGGCACAGCGCCCUGUCCGAGAGCAUGCUAAGCCACCUUGCACACAACAAAGCCCAGUGGAAGAGCCUGUUGCCCAGGCAGCACAGAAGCAGCAGCGGUAGCAGUGGCGGUGGUGGUCCAGACCACACAGGCCCAGGGACUGAGGACGAGGAGCAGACUGUGACCGGAGGCGACGCCCCAUAGUGCCAGCCAGGCCCGCCCCUGCUCUGCACACUGAGAGUGACAGCCUCCUUGAGCAGAGGCCUCUGAGAGGGCAGAAGCCCUAAGGGGCUCUUGCCGCUAAACCCAGCCCCUCUCUGGGUGUCGUCCUGGGGCAUUUUUGGAACCCCACUUCCCUGAAUCCCACUCACCGGCCUCCCUCCUUUUUCCAAGUGUACAGAAGCCAUGCGUCACCUCAGCAUUAGCUGCCAAAAUGAGCAACUCCAUUCUGCAGUGAGGGAGCUGAUUCCAGGGGCUGGCUUGGCCCUCGAGGAGAAACUGGGGAAAAAGAAAGAGGUGCUUCUGCUGUGGCCCCCCUCGGGCCCUGGGUCACACUGUGACAGGUGGCACUUCCCAAGUCCAGAGGGUUUUAGCAUUGGCCAUCGGACCGCUGAUCUGCAUGACAAAAACACCAGCAUAUUUGGAACUCCAAGGAUCUUGGUCUUCAGUCCGAGAGCACAAAUGAGAGUGUGAGAGAAAGUACCUUCUAUUUUAAUAAUAAUUAUUAUUAUACAGAUAAUAAUAAAUCUUUUUAACUUUUCUAUUUUAUGCACUAGACAAUGGAUCUACAACUUUGGACUAAGAUUACGCAAUGUACCCAAACUUGAACAGGGGGUUCAUUGUUUUGUUACGGACUUUAUGCCACUUGGGGUCAGAGAUUUGGCAUCGUCUCAGUUUAAGAAACCACGUUUCCUAUCCAAUCCGAGGGGAAGGUGCUGUACAGUUCAUUCCUUUGCACCAUUAGCCAAUCUGUCUUUUAUCAAUAACUCAGAUUCAGUGACAUGUUUAUAUUCACACUUGUACAUUUUCUGUAAAUACCAAGCGCUACUGAUCCCCAUGCCAAAAUACAAGAGUAUUAUGGGAUUGCUACCUGUAUAAACAUGGCACUGUGAACAGAAUACUGUUAGUUUUAAUACAAGAGAAUGCAUUUGUAAAUAUGGUAUAGAGUUUAUUAAUAUACUAUUGUUUGCAGAUAAAGGCCUUAACUUUAAACAUCUUUCAUCUUCUGAAAGCUGCCCAACCGAAAUCCUCACAGAUGUCCCUCUGAACUGCCUUCCCAUGUCCAUCUUUCUGCUUUCCAGCUGAGGUCACAAACCAAAACUGAAUAAAGUCUUUGAGGAAAUAUUUUGGAAACUUCACGUGCAUUCCGCUUGGGACCAUAGUGUUUAAUCUAUGGCACAAGCAUCGUUUCCUCAGAUUCACAAGACCCUUCAGCCAGCCUGAAGUCACUUUCAACACAACGAUGUUGCACUCUGUUUUCACAAGCCAGCCGAUAAGCUUGUGGUUAUACGACUCUUGUCAUGGAACGUGGCAGUGUGACACACAGCAGGUCUCACCAACCUUCCGUGACCCUGUCAUCUAACUGUCAGGGACUUCCCUGGUCCCCUAUCACACUGUCGUCUGUUCUGGCUGCAGUACCAAAGCGUCUUUGGUUUAUGGUUGCCGUGCAUUUCUUUGGUGUUAAUAGUAACUGGAUUUUUCUUUUUCCUUCAUUUCAUGUGAACAACUACCCACCUGUUUAGCAGAAGUUUAUAUAAUUUAAGAAACUAUUUCAGUUUUCUGGUAGAAUUUACCGUCCUGGCAGGUUAUUGUGGUUGAUCAUGGCUCUAGCUAGCAGAGUCACUUUGGACUUUGGUUGCCAUUUUUUCUGCAGACACUUGGCCGUAAAAUCAAUUUGUUACAGCAUUCUUCUCUAAGUUGGCUAAACUCUGUGCAUUAAACCUUUUCUUUAGAACUUCUAGCAUAACUAAUGCGAAAUGAAAAUUGGCAAUGCCCCCCUCUUUUUACCUUAAACAAUGUGGUAGUGGGAGAACGAUAACAUGAUUGUUUCUGCCACUAUCAAGCUGUUUUGCAAGCUGACUCUCAUUUCCUAAGUGCAACUCUUUUGUGUGUGUGUGUCCUCCUAACAUACAAAUAAAAUGUUAGAAACUUGACUGGAUUGUAUGAAGUUCCUGAAGAGAGACUGAGGCUUGCAGAAUUAAGGUUGAAGGGAAAUGUGGAAAGUUGCUUGUACUUUCAUUAAAGUAGGAGAGGUUAUCAGAUGGUACUGAAGAAAGUGUGAAAAUCUCGUGAAAUGGAUGGGUGAUAAGUUAAAAUUGUUGAUAUGGGUAAGAAGGGACGUUGUGAAAACGUAACACUAACUUUGGGUUUUGUUUUGGGUUUUUUUUUUUUUGUUUUUCUCUAAUACCUAUGAACUAACACAUGAUUCUUUAUUGCUUUAAUACUCUGAAGCUCUCAGCUGGGUGAAGCCUCAAACGAGAACAUAUUGAAUGUAUUUCUGCUUCCAACCCUCUCUUCUUUUGGUUUGGUGAUACAGAGGGCUUUUGAGUAAUCUAUUUUUAAUAUACAUGAGAUCAAAUCAAGGAAAGCAAUUACUGAUGAAGAAAUGAUAGAGAUAAGAGAGAAGAGGCUGUUUUAGCUACUGGAGCCUCAACUUUGACUCUAGGAAAUGGACUGUGUUGUUUAAACUAUAUUUAUAUCAUAAUUUACAUAAGAUUGGAGGCAUUUUUAGUAGUUCCAUGUUUACAGGGCAAAAGUAUGUUAGAUCUUGCAAAAGAGCUCACGGAAAAAAGCUACCAAAUAUCUAACAGUUAAGGCUAUGAAGCAGUUUCUAGUAUGAUAAAAAAUCUGAAGUAAAAUGAGAUGUGGUGCAUAAAUGAGACACCUUUGUCUCUUUUCAGCCAUUUGGACAUUUUUUGAGUUCCCUGUUUGUUAACAAUAAAGAAUGUGAAAACCUUUUUUUGCCCCUUGCCUACUAGUGGCUCUCUUGCAAUAUUUCAAUGGAAGGAAUCCAAUUACUAGUGAAGACACAGCUGCUGGAUCAUCCGUGGACUUUAUCUUCAUAUCUUUCUUCUCUUAGUCCAUGGACCAUCAAGAACUGACUUCUCAAGUUUAAUUCUUUCAAUGCUUGAGGAGAAAGGACUCAAAGGGCUAUUUUUAGUGCGUUGAAGGUAAAGUUACAAUCAAAUUAAGAGAGACAGAAUAGGUAGCAACUGCCAGGCCUGACAGGCAAAGUCUGCUUUUCCUUUUUACGGCACCUGUGAAUGGUCAGACCCUUGUCCCUGAAACCCUGACCUACCCAUAACUCCAUGCUAGGCUGAGUGAAAAUCCUGCUCUGUUUCUACCUGCCUAAAGCUUCCCCAAUGGGACUUGGAGCGUGUCCUGCAACACUGUCUCCAGAUAGUUCUUCUUAGAAACCACAGACUUGUUUUGUAACCUUUUCUCAUGUUGAAUCAGAUCUGCUCACUGAUUGGAACAUUGGUUAUGAACUUGUAUCUCACUGUAUUUCUUAUGCUUUGUUCUUUUAAGCAAACCUUUAAAAUUGUGUUGUUUUGUGUACACAAAUGUGAGGUUUGGGAAAAAAAGAAAAAAAAACCUUGUGGUUUUUGCUCAAAAUGUGGCCUAAAUAUCCAUUGGCAUGUCUAGAUAAACAACUAAAAAUAAAGAUAAUUUCUUAAAAAUA